GUAGAAAUAAUAUUUAUCGCUUGCGCUAGUCUGUUUUUGACCACUGUUCUUCCAGUUCGGCAAUUUACGGAACAUUUAGGAAUUUCCUACCAACAAGUUCUUCGGGCCAGAUGGGUGAGUGGUGCCAUUGCUACCAUUCUCUGUUAUCCAAUCUUAGAUUAUUAUGGCCUGGCAUCUCAUUAUCUUCCUUGGCUUCCUGCUGGGAUUGCAGCCCAUGUGGCCCUGGGGGUCUGCCUAAGUAGCAUUAAAUUCAAGGUGUUCUCUUUGAUUUUUCUUAUGAUUGAAUUCCUUCUUUUGAUUAACAUUUUCUUUUAUGCUUGUUGUGUUUGUUUCCUUAAUUUGUCAAUAUUGUUUCUGGCUGACACCAUACCAAUUGGAUUUGUAUACACCAUGAUCUGGGUUAAUGCACUCAUCUGCCUUGUCUGUGCCUACAUGGCAACACAUGGAGAACGGGGAGCUCUUGGAUUCUUUAUCUCACUUCAAACCAUAGUAUUCACAGCUUCGGAAAUGUUACUGUUCAAUGCCAAACUGUAUUCUUUGUCGAUUGUACUAUUCUCUGGUUUAAUUGCUUUGUAUUUAAUUUACAGACUAACUGUAGUAGAAAGAAUUCCAUCUGGUGUUUCCCUAUUGUGUACAUCGAUUCAAUUGAGCAAAGUCUGUGGCCUCAUUCUGGCCAUGCUUCCCUACACGGAGAUCAACAGUGAAUGGAAAGUGGUUACCCUCUUCCUCUUGGUACUACAGGGACUCAAGGCAUUUGUUUUUGAUUCAAAAAUUGAACUCUCUUUCUAUCAGGUGAUAUUCCAUUUGAUUGGAUUGAGUCUUACACUGGCUCUCAAUAUUCAACCUCUUUUGAUGAUGUUGUCUUACUAUUUCCUUGGUAACCAACCUUCUCUCUCCGACCUCACUGGAAUAUGGUUGGUUCUGACUGGUUUGUCCAUAAUGCUGAUGGCAUCCAUUUAUUCAUUGAAGAAAGAAGUCCUUACUAAAAUUGGUCCUCUUGUUGUUUUCAUUGGUUUUCUUCUGCUUAUUAUUCAACCAAGUUGGACCCUCACCUGGUUGUCUCUUCGUCAGUGGGCCAACAUCAUCAGCAUAUUGGCAAUUGUACUCUUCUUUAUUGUUCCCAUGUCUCUUCCUCUUCCACUUGUCAUGUUCACCUCUGCUGUCAUCAGUGUCUGCCCAACCUAUACCAUCAUCAUGCACAAGAUGUACACUCCAGAACAAAUGAAUGAAGCGUUGCAUCUGUUGUAUAUUCUGCUUGGAAGUUGCUCUCUGACAUUUGUUUCUGUUGUUGUCAAUUGGAGAACUGCAGGGAAAUUUUUGGAGAGGAAUGUUUCAUUUUUAUGUAGUUGUCUGGCAGUAUUUGGAAUAUUGACCAUUGGUGUUGACUACUUGACCACUGUUCCUGAUGCCAAGAUGAGCAGGCCUUGCUGGCAAGUCCUAAGUGUCAUUGGCUGCAUUGUCAGUGGAUCUCUUCGAUUAAUUGGUAACAAAAUAAAGCAAGAAAUAUUGGUGAGUGAUUCUGACACAAAGUCACCUCCCAUGUUGCCUGCGUUGGGCAAUGUGGCUGCUGUUUGCUCUUAUUUAAUACUUUGUAUGUUGUCGCCAGCACCAGGAUUCAUCAGGGAUGUUUGGUUUUGUGCUGCAGCCGCAGUGUUGAUUUGCCUCCAAAGAGACCAACGUUUAUUCCAGCAAUUAUCAAACAAAAACCAAAUGGUGCCAACUAUUUUCAUGGUCGCCUUUGUCCUUUGGAUCCAAACAUUCUUGCACUGUGACAUUUGGUUCUCACAAGAACUUGGUAGCUCUCUUCGCAGUGCCGUUGAAUUGAUUAUCAUUUUCAUUACCACCCCAGUGUACAUUGUACUUUGGGGUAUCCUCUGGCUUGAUGAGAUCCGACUCAAUGAGAAACUUGUUAUUUUCCUAAUGCCUCUCAAUUCUUUGCUUUUCUUGGUUGGAAGCACUUACACUGCUUGGGCCUUGGCCAUCUUUGGAAUGUUUUCAGGAAUCUGGAUGAUGUCCUGUAAAUUGCCACUUGAAGUUGAUACACCACCAGAAGAAACUUGA